AUGAAUGCUCAUUGUCGUCUAGCGAAUGAUCCAAGUAGCAAUCUAACUUUGACAACAGACGAUCAGGGAUGUCCACAAUCAUCAAGAGUAUAUGCACACACGAAAAAUUUCGAAAUGGAAAACAAUGCACUUUUUCCAGUUCAGAUUCUGCCUCCAUCGCUUAAUCGUAUUAGCUCAGGUCCAAUAACAGAAAAUGUGCAACCUCAAACAGUUAUAGUAAAUGUCGCCAAUGACGAAUUCUGCAAAGUCAACUAUCCACAACCUUUGAGCAAUCCACCAACAGAAAUGGAACUGAUUGCAUUCGAUUGA